AUGGAAUUGUACGCGCAAAUACCGGAAUGUGCGCGUAAUUGCCUCGAUUCACAAACCACUGCAUACUCGAACUGCUCACUGCUUGACAUCCAAUGCAGAUGCGACAGUGAACACAUCCGCAAGAAGGCCCAGGACUGCGUUCUGGAUCAUUGUACGCGUCGACAAGCACUCAUCACGAGAAAUACCACCCAGACAAUAUGUGGCCGCCCGAUCCGUGACAGGUCGAAUACCGUUCGAUUCUCCUCCGCAAUAUACAUGACCGUGGCAGCGCUUUCUUACGGCAUCCGGAUAGCAUCAAAAAUACAUGUCCAAUGGCCGUGGAAUGGUCCCUUUCGAUGUAUUACUCAAUUAUGGUGGGACGAUGUGGCUAUGACAGUGACCGUACUGUUUGCACUAGGUCAGAGCUCUCUUGGAAGGCCAAUCUCAACUCCAGGCCUGGGCAUGGAUAUCUGGACGUUGACGCCUCCUCAGAUUACUAAAUUCCUCAAGAUCUUCUACUAUGGAGAGCUCUUAUACAUUACAGGCUUGUCAAUGGUCAAGACAUCCAUGCUGCUGUCCUAUCUUCGCUUCUUCGCAUCCCCUAGGUUUCGGAAGCUCGUCUGGCUGGUCAUUGCAUUGAACACGGUGUUCAUGCUACUGUACGACUCGCUCGCAGCUUUCCAAUGCAUACCAUUAUCAUACGCCUGGAAGGAAUGGGACAAAGGACAAGGACACGUCGGGUACUGCUGGAUGAAGCGGCAACCGGCAGCGUGGACAGCGUCUGGAUUCAAUAUCAUCUUUGACCUGGUUGUGCUGGGAAUGCCGAUGCCUUUGAUCUGGAAGAUGGAUCUCAACCAGCGCAAGAAGGUACUUGUCAUACUCAUGUUUGGUGCAGGUGUCUGGGUGUCUCUUGUGAGCAUUCUCCGUCUUCGUGUCAUGAUCUAUUACGGCAAUACGCUGAACCCGACUUGGGACUACGACUGGAUAGCGAGAUGGUCAACAAUAGAAGUCGACUUCUGGGUUCUGGCAGCAUGUAUGCCAGGUAUACGAAACUUCGUCAAACGCUGGGCACCCGAUGCUGUAGGCGAAUCGACAAAA